UCGCGGCGGCGAUGGAGCCUCAGAAGCCCGGCGGAGGCAGCGCGAGAGAGGCUGAAGGAGAAGAUGCGCUGCCCCAACAUCUCCUUGUGUGGUUUGAUAUGGGUCUGGCUGCCCCUAUUCCAUGGCCGGCCUGUGAAAAUUGACAAGGUCGUGGCUGACACGAAAAGCCUCACCAAGACCAUCAUGGCCCGGAUCCAGGAGCACCAGUUUCCUCCAGUGAACCUGAAGAUCAACGGGUUUGAUUUCAUCCCGGGGCAGCUGCCGGCAGAAAGCCUGGAGUCCAUCGACGAGACCCUGCAGAUCUUCCACCAGGUCCUCUCCAGCCUCCCUUUGGAGGCCCCCGUGGCGCAAAUCUCCAACGAUGUGGAGAACCUCCGCAGCCUCCUUCAGAUGCUGGGCUCCCACCUGGGCUGCCUGCUCCGCAGACCUUCUGCGGCCGACAACCUGGGCAACCUCACAGAGCUGAUGACCGUCUCCCCGUACACGACAGCCGUGGUGACCUUGGACCGACUCCACAAGUGCCUGGAAAGCAUCGCAAAGUACCUGGACCACGUUCAGAACUGCUAG